AUGGUACCGGACGUCGAUGACGCUGGCAGCUACUUUUGGGAGUGGAUGCUUCUGCUGCAAUUUGAUCUAAAAAGAUUCCAGUCUGCAUGUUCAAAUCGCCAUCUCUUCACCCCAUUCACCUCCUCCAAUAGUACUGGAAAGUGGUCACUUCCAUGCAAGUCUCCUAUGACCUGCCAAGUGAAAUCCAGCUGUGAAUCAGCAACAGAGAGCGCGCGCGCAUGUGCUCCCCUGCUGACCCCGACCUCAUCUGAGCGGCUGGCGAAGGAAAGGGACAGUCUGCCGCCGUCUGUUUUGAGGAGCGGUCGCCUCGGAAGAGAGUACAGACUCCUCGCCAUGAUGCACAGCCUACUAAAGGGGAUGAUAACGAUUCCGCUGAUCGUCUCGGUGGAGCUGGCUCACCUCAACCUGUACAAGGCGUUUCGGGGCCACAGAAUUCAAGGGACAGUGUCGGAAAUGCAUGAAGAGGCCUCUCUGUUAAGAUGCGCCCACACGUGUGACAAAUGGAAGCCCUCCUGCCGCGCCUUCGACUUUCAUCUCCCCACCAAAAACUGCAGGAUUUUCACCUCCUUUCGAGGCACCCAGAGAAACACGGGCUACGACCUGUACUUCGAUUUCGACAUAUACCAGGACCUCGACUACAAGGACGAGAACGGCACACUUCUUUACUACCCUCCUCUGAGCAGGGGUCCGAUAAAUUUCAGUAGCUUGACGAAAUACUGCCAAUACCGCUGGGGAAAAGUAUUCUUGGCCAAGACUAUGAGCGAGUGGCAGUUAAUGAUCAGCAUUUUCCAGAAGACAGGCUAUUCGAACAUGUGGGUGCCGAUAAAGGAGAAUAAGAGCGACGAAGGAACAUACUACUGGCUUGAUAACAAACCUGCUCCGGGAGAUUUGGGCAUCACGAUCAAGGACGACGGUGGAGCAACUGAAGAAAUGACCCUGACUGACAAUGGCAACUAUGUUUACUCGAAUAAUAUUGACUGCGCUAUGGUUUACGGGGAUAAGACAGAGGAAGUCCAGAUAGUGAAUUGCGACAACUCUUAUGUGGGGUACAUUUGCCAAGCGGAGUUCCCGGCCAAGAUAGCUGUGGAGGAGUAUCCCGAGCAUUGAACAUUUUCUCCCUCUCUCUCUUUCGCUGUUUCUGUAAGUUCUUCUCUUAUUAGUGAACGCAAUGUUAGUCCAUUCGGCACUGAUUCUUUAUUAGUGGUAUAGGAGUAAAGUACACAGAGAUAGAUAAGCAGGACUAUACCUCUCUCUCUCUCUCUCUCUCUCUCUCUCUCUCUCUCUCUCUCUCUCUCUCUCUCUCUCUCUCUCUCUCUCUCUCUCUCUCUCUCUCUCUCUCUCUCUCUCCCUCUCUCUCUCUCUCUCUCUCCCUCUGGAGAGGUAGCGCGUGUGGCUGGAGGGCAGCGAGGCCGAUGGCCAGCCCUGGUAUCGGUAGAAGCCGUUGUCAGGAGUGGAAUUUAUAUUAUAUAGCAGGAUUUAUACCUGUCAUUGGGCCGUACUUAAACCCAGUAUCCCCGUAUGGCAAGAAUACAUGCCAUGCCCAAUUUAAUAAAAGUUUAUUUAUUCCAAUUAUUAGUCCUACGUAUCUCACCUGUUUAUCCUUUUCCUCGACUUUUGAAAAAGGUCUUUUGCAUUAUUUCAUUGUCUUAACUGUUAUCGAGAUUUUAAUAACAAUUCAUUAAUCAUAACAAUAGACUCCUUGCCGGCUGAGCACAUGUGGAGGCAUCUGUAUUUAACAACAUUCACAAAAAAAACUACAGAGGAUAGAACAUAAAUCCGGGGCGAAUCGAUUAUCAAAAAUAGAGCGAUGGCGGUAGAACGGAGGCGCUCGCGCUCUGGCGCUCACGAGCGACUCG